AUGGGUCUUUGGACAGUUGCAGUUGAAUGCAAAUUUGAACAAUAUGUGAAUAUAGAGCCAAAAAAGAAACUGAAACUACGAGAAAACUGGAGGGAGAAGUCCAAACCUAUACCACCAGGAGGCACUUAUCCAGCCAAAGAUCAUUGCAGAGGAUGCAGGCUAUGUGACACCUACUAUAUAGCCCAUGUGAAGGAUGCAUGUGCUUUUCUUGGAGAUGGAAUGUCAAGGAUUGAGAGCUUGGAACCUGUUGUUCCUGGUAGAGGAAGGAAACCAGAUUCCUUAGAAGAUACAUACUUUGGGGUCCAUCAAGAGCAGCUCUAUGCUCGUAAGCUGAAGCCUGUUGAAGAGAUUGCAACUCUGACAUGCCACACAUACCGAUUUAUGUCCCUUGCGGUAUCACCUGAUGUGAAAAACGAAUGUAAACAGAGCAGAGAUGAAACCUUAAGGUUCUGCAAUGUCUUCCCGUACAUAAAAGCUCAGUUGCUUCUGAGGCUCUUGCGCUUUAAGGCUAUGCAACACCAGAGACUAUCAAAUGACCGUGUCCGUGGCUAUCUUGAUACAUUUCUUAAGACACUAGAGACAAUCAAAAGUCUGUGUACUAAAUUAUUCAUGAGUUUGGUCACCACAAGGACAACGUGUUUCUUGAAGAAUGGCCUAAAAAAAGAUAAUUUUGAGUAUCUUCGGGAUAGUUUACUGAAUUUGAGCAGCCUCUCUUGGUUUAGAUUUUCUUUGGCAGGAGGAAGCGUGACAUCCGAUGAGCAAACCUCAGAUCCAACCUGCAUCACUCUAGAGGAUUACAUGGUCCAAACCUUAAACGAUAGAUGUACUCAAGAUGAUGUUCCAAGUGAUGAGAACCUCUGUGAAGAAGACGAGUCCAAGUUGUCGUUGCAGUUAGCUAUUGUUGGUAGGCCUAACGUUGGGAAAUCAACAUUGCUAAAUGCAUUGUUGAAAGAAGAGUGUGUGUUGGUGGGUCCAGAAUCUGGUCUCACUAGAGAUGCUGUGAGAGUUCAGUUCGAGUUUCAGGUCAGGACCGUCUAUAUGGUACGUUUACAGAUUCUCAUUAGCUGGACAUGCCUCACUAAUUCACUUCGUUUGAUGUUUAUGUUGGAUGUUUGUUAA